GUUGGACGUGCUGGAGCUAUGUGUGUGUGUACUGAGUGAACAGGAAAAUGAAUUGCUCCCUAUGGCCCAUCGCUGCUGGCCCGCCCUCCUGCAAAGACUCACCGCUGAUGACCCUUUAGCAGUAGUCAGAGCCUUCAGGGUGCUGUGUACUCUGGGUGAAACAUGCGGUGACUUCCUGAGGAGGAGGGUAUCUAAAGAGGUUCUUCCCAAGCUAUGCUCCUCGCUGGUACGGCAGGCUCCGAUCAGCGUCAAGGCCGGACCCGUCUACACACACACCCUAGCCUACAAAGUGCAGCUGGCUGUGCUGCAGGGGCUGGGGUCACUGUGCCACAGACUAGACCUGGGUAAGAGAAAAGAAACAAAACACAACACACAAACACACAGCUUUCCCAAGACACAACAUAAGUUCUCAUCCUUUACGAUUGUACAUGGUUUAAUCCACAUUAUAAAAAUGAUCACACCAGGUAAAACGUGGACAUAGAACACUUUAUCAUGGUUCCUCUCAGCCCUGAUAUGACAGGUUUCUUAAUAAAGGUUGGUGUAACUUUUUAUCCAUUUAAGCAAGAACAUAUUGAGAUCCUCAACAUCCU